AUGGUAUCUGUUAUCCAAGCUACCAAGGCCGCCAUUGCGCUGCUGGCACUCCCCGUGCUCGCCACUCAAGCUGGAACAAGCACCUGUGAGGUCACAGACUCAGACGCCUGCGCUAUCGAUUCGCUCGCGGCCUCCACCGACGAUGGCAGCGUGCUCAUCUACCCGGGAGGCGACACGCGCUGCGCCUUCGACGACUACACGGACAGCGUGACGACGUUCGCGUCCAACUCGACGUACUUCUUCCAGGUGUUCCCUGCGGCGGAGGCGAGCAAGAAGAAGCUGCUGCUCUUCUUCCAGGGCGGCGGCGCCUGCGUCGACAAGUACACGUGCGACUUCGCGCUGCAGUGCCAGCUGGGCGCGAGCUCGCUCAUCACUACCAAGGCGUCCGUCACGGACUCGGGCAUCAUGAACCGCACGCUGGACGGCAACGUCUUCAACGACUACAACAUCGUGUACCUGCCGUACUGCACGGGCGACCUGUUCGUGGGCAACAAGUACCUGGAGCCCUACGAGAGCGUGUACAACCAGGCGCUGGGCAACAAGCAGUGCCUGGGCCAGGACCAAGGCAUGUACAUGAACGGCUACAACAACACGAUGGCGGUGUUGAAGUGGGCGCUGGCCAACUACCCGGACCCGGAGCAGCUCGUGAUCGGCGGUUACAGCGCUGGGUCGCUGGGCGCGCAGAUGUGGUCGGCGUACGUGGCGAAGACGUGGGGAGUGGAGUCGAAGGGCACCAAGUUCCAGGUGCUGGCGGACAGCUACGUGGGUGUGUUCCCGGAGCACAAGACUCCUGCCAGCGAGCUGAUCAACUACUACGGCGGGUGCGGACUGGUGGGCUUCCCCGAUAGUAUGGCGGCGGAGUGUGAGGCCGAGACGGCGACGGUGAUCGAGAUGGUGAGCUCGUUGAUGAACGAGGCUCCGAGUGCCGAGUGGCUCUUCAUCGACAGCAUCGCCGACAAGACGCAGCGCAAGUUCUACGAGCUGGUGUUGCUGGGCAUCGCUGGGUAUCCGUUCACGAACCUGCUGCCGGCGGACGAGUUCUACGGCAACAUGACGGAGAUCCUGGACGCGUACUCUGCGUUCAUGAACGUGACGCGCUUCAACAUCGAUAGUGACCAGCACGUGUGGCUGACCGGUAAUACCUACGAGAGCGCGGUGGAUCUUGAAGACCAAUUGCUCGGUGAUGUUCUAUUCGCGUGGUUGUCGCUUUCCGAGACGCCUGUUAGCACCACAGCUACUCCAACUCAAAUCCCCGCCAGUACGACGUCCACUCCUACCGUCAUCCCCGCAAGCACGACGGCCACUCCUACUGAGACUCAAGUGCCUUCCACCGCCACGCCGGCAUCGACCCCGGCAACAACGGGUUCUUCAACUGAAAUCCCCGGUAGUACCACAACAACCCCGACUGAAAUCCCCGCCAGUACAACAUCAACACCAACGGAGACCCCCGUGAGCACGACGGUGGCGCCUACCUCGACUCCAGUGGUAACCACGACCGCACCGACAACGGCACCGGCAACUACCGAGCCCACCGUCUCCAUUCCUACCUACUGCUAA